UUGUUGGAGAUCCUCUUACCCCUCUUCUUCUUCCACCUUCCUGGGCUACACCUUCCCCUUCCUCGCCUCCCUCGUCGGCGCCAACCACACCUUCGCCCGUUUCUGCUCCCGUUAGCACUAUCACUAGCACCGGACCCCUUCCCUCCCCUUUACCUUUCUCACGAGGGCCCGGGAAAACCACCACCAUGGACCCCUCCUCCGCGCCGCGGCGGUGCUCCUUUCUCCUGCGCCUGCUCCUCCUCGCCGUCGCCGCCCUCGCGCUCCGCCUCCUCUACGGCGCCUUCCUCGCCGUCUCCGCCGGUCCCGCCGGUUGGCCGCUCUACCGGCCCGCCGCCACCGUCGCAACCACCACGAGGACCCACGUCGUCCAGGCUGACGUCCCGUCGCCGGAGGUCUGGCGCACCCGCCGCUGGCGCAGGGCCGUCGACUACCACGCCGCCGUCCUCGCGCCGCACAUCGCAGCCGGCGCUCUCGCGCCGGGAUCCCGCGCCGUCUGCCUCGGCGGCGCGCAGGAGGCGCUCGCGAUGCGGGAACUCGGCGUCGCCAGAGCCGUCGCCGUCGCCAGGAAGCGCGCGCCCCCGCUCGUCGUCGCGGGGCACGACCGCCGACUGCCGUUCGACGCGUCGUCCGUCGACUUCGUCUUCGCGGGGCGCGCCCUCGACGCCGCCAAGCGCCCGGCCGACCUCGCCGCCGAGGCCGCGCGGAUCCUCAAACCCGAGGGCCAUCUCGUCAUGCUCACGUCCAGCGCCGCCGACGCCUACAGCUUCCGCUCGAUACAGGCGCUCCUCCCGUUGCUCCGCCUUGUCCGAUCUCGCGAGAUCGACGGCCAGGACGACAGCUACUCCACACUCCGGGAACUUGUCUUCGUCCACAAGAAUCUUCGGUCCACGGGCACGGGCACUUCUUCAUCAGUGAACAACUGCUCGGUUGGGGAUCACAGGCUCCAGCUCCUCGCUCAUGCCGAGCCACUGAUCCAGGAAGAGCCACUCAAACCCUGGCUCACGCUCAAGAGAAACAUGAACAACAUCAAGUACCUCCCGGCCCUGGCCGAUAUCAGCUUCAAACGCCGGUACGUGUAUGUCGACGUUGGCGCGCACAGCUACGGCUCCAGCAUCGGUAGCUGGUUCCGCAAGCACUACCCUAAGCAGAACCACACCUUCCAGGUGUUCGCCAUUGAAGCUGACCCGGCGUUCCACUCUGAGUACGCGACAAAGAAGGGUGUCACAUUGCUUCCCUAUGCAGCCUGGGUCAAGAAUGAGACACUGGUAUUCGAGAUCAAUGGUGAUCCUGGAAAAGAGGACGAAGCCAAGGCCAAUGGUCGUGGCAUGGGGCGCAUCCGCCCCACCACCGGGAAGAAGAUGUCCGGCGAGGUCAGGAGUGUCCCUGCGUUUGACCUCGCCGAGUGGUUGAAGCAGACUGUGACAGAGCAGGACUACUUGGUGAUGAAGAUGGACGUGGAGGGGACCGAGUUCGAUUUGAUCCCAAGGCUGUUCGACACGGGUGCAAUCUGCUUGGUCGACGAGCUUUUCCUGGAGUGCCAUUACAAUCGGUGGCAGAAGUGCUGCCCUGGUGAGCGGUCGCCCAAGUAUGACAACACUUACGAGGAGUGCUUGGACCUUUUCAGCUCGCUGCGGGAGAACGGCGUCCUUGUGCAUCAGUGGUGGUAAAAGGCUUGAUUGGGCAACAAAAAACACCCUAGAUUUUCCUGAUAUGAAGCGGAGAAGGCUUGUAAAACCGAGCAAAUUAUAUAGAGUUUGUUUGCCUUGUAUAAGCAGCUCGAAAUAAUUGUUCAGUAACCCAGCAGUACCAUUACCACCUCUAUAGUCUUGUGGCCUUGGAGGCUGGAGCAGAGUGCAGACUGCAGACCAUGCUUUAUAUAAGAUGUUUUUGCACAAUGUGGAAGGCCGUGGUUGUAUUAAGAUGUGUAUUUAAUUUGCCGGUGCGAAUCUUAUCUUAUGGUGCCGAGAGAUAAGUUGACAUUCAUGUAAAUGCUGGUUGCUUGUGUGUGGACAUUCAGAUAGCAGUGAUGUUGAUGUGGAGGAAACAUGAAAGGAACCUUGUCAUGCUACUGCUAUCUGUUCUGUUUCUGCCUUUCUGGAUCAUUACAGUUGAAGAAAUGGAUGAUUAAACAAGUAGAGGUGGUUGUGUUAUUGCACAUACUCCAGGAGCGGGUAAAACUCUGUUGCUGAUAUCAUUUCUUGUCAGUUACAUGAAGGUUCACCUAAGAAGCUGGCAGUUGGUCCUUACUCCAAAAGCUCCAAUCCAUACAUGGAGGAGAGAGUUUCAGAAAUGGGGCAUUUUACUUCCUUUACCUGUGCUUCACCACUCUUAACAGAACAAGCAGAUUGAUGAGAGGUCUUAGUUCUAAACUGCAGGCGGUUUUAAAGAAUUUUCACCGACCAUCGUGGAAAACAAUGCACAAAUUAUGCAAGUGGCAUGAGGAAUCAAUCAUUCUUCUUUCUUAUUGUCUACGAAACAAGACCGAAAACUGCAUUAUCAGGCAUAGGCGUUCAUAAGGAAAGUUUUGAUGAUCAAACCCUUGGUUAUUGAUUCUUGAGUCUUGACGAAGGGCACAGCCCAAGAAGCAACAAAUCGAAGUCGAGAAAGUUGCUGAUGAAGGUGAAGACUGAAUUCAGGAUACUCUUUUCUAAACAACUUUGAAGAGUAUGUUUCAACACAUUGCCUUUGGCCGGAACAACUUUGAAUUCAGAAAAAAGGAAUCCUGUGCCGGAGUGAGACCAUUCGAGGAUAUAAACUUUGAAUAUCAGUUUGACUGGUGCAUCGAGAGAUUGGUAAUAUGCUGGAUUCGGAGUGAGACCAUUCGAAGACAAGCCGGCCUGGCCAGGAGGAGAAUGCCCUUGUCAUCUGGGAAUGCAUAAUAGUAGUCCCUCCGAUUAAAAUUUAGUAAGUUGGAUAUAAACAUUACGUGUAUUGGCAUGAACUAUCUGGAACGUGCAAGCUAGAAGAUUGCUGCUGCUGGAGACUGGUGGUAGAAACGAGCAUCCCCAGCCACCUAGACACGCUCCUCCUACUCCUAGUCAGGAGAAUGAGAAGACGAAGCCCAACAGACACGGACGACCCCAGAAAAAACCAAGACAUGAUCCAACUAGAAAUUCAAAAGGGGCACCUGCUCCUAAAGCCUGGCCAUCACCAUCUGCUUCUGGAUCUCAUCAUCCAUCGGCAGCGCCUCCCCGACCGCAUAGACACUCCUCCAGAGAGUACAGCUUGGUCGCUGCAGGGAGUGCAGUUUUUCUUGUCAUGGCUGCAGCUUGCCAGCUUCUGUUAUGUACUGUCGAGUCAAGAAGGUGGGCACCGUCAGGCGGCCAUGGGCCACAGGGUUAAGCGGCCAGCUGCAGCGAGCAUUCGUAACAGGUAUCUGUUUUUUUCUUUCUUUUCUAUUGCAGCGUGAGCUAUCAUCAACUCCAGGUGUACCUGCGUUGAAACGAUCUGAGCUGGAAGCAGCCUGCGAGGACUUCAGCAACAUAGUUGGCUCUACGCCUAGCUGCAUGCAUGCUGUACAAGGGUACAUUAUCGAGUGGAGUUGAAAUAGCAGUUGUGUUAACAUCCGCCAAGGAAUGGUCAAAACAAUGUGAAACCCACUACAGGAACAAGUUUAUCUCAAGUUAGCCACAAGAAUUUCAUGAAUCUACUCGGCUAUUGCUAGGAAGAUCAACCUUUUACCAGAGCAAUGGUUUUCGAAUACGCGCUAUGUUAGAGAAGCCGAUCACCGAUUGGACUGGGCGGCCCGGCUGAGGAUAUCCAUGGGGGUCGCUUACUGUCUGGAGCACAUGCACCAGCUGAACCACCUGUUGUGCCAAGGAACCUUGACUCCAGCACUAUAUACCUCACUGAUGGCUUCGCUGCAAAGGUCUCGGACACUGCCACCACCAAGGGAUCGGAUUCCAGCUCAACCGCUGAUGACGAGCUCUCCUCGGUUUCAGGCAUAGAUGCCAUGGUUCAUCAGUAUGGCAUGCUAUUGCUGGAGAGACUAACCGGAAAAGUUGCCUACUCCGAAGAAGACGACGACGACGGGGUUUCACUGGAGCACUUGGCGUCUCGCUACUUGGAUGAUGGCAGCAUGCCCCUUGCGGAGCUGAUUGACCCGAGCCUCGGUUGGUUCCCUCAAGAAGCCGCGCACGCACUGUGCGAGGUCGCAAGGUCUUGGGUUGGGUGGACCCAGACCCCAACAAGAGACCACUGAUGGUACAGGUGGCUGCUAGGAUGAAGGAGAUCGCAAUUCGCAAGGUCUUGCGUGGACCCAGACCUCAACAAGAGAUCGACCACGGAUGGUACAGGUGGCUGCUAGGAUGAAGGAGAUCACCGCGCUGGGGCCGGGCCUGAGGGAGCGACUCCCAAGGUGUCGCCGCUCUGGUGGGCAGAGCUGGAGAUCAUGUCAUCUGACUGAAACUAGCUUAUGCAUGCACUUAUCCAUUCUCAAUCUCCUCCCGCUGUCACUGGCAAUUCUUUGGUUUGUUGUGUUGUGGUUGCGGAGCCUGAAGCAAAGUUCCAUCAUUCCUUGGUAUUUGAGGUGUCAUUUUCUUUCUUUCUUGAUAGCAUUGCGUACGUGUGUAUAUAUUAUAAUCAUCAGCAGCAGCGUUGUUUCAGCAGACUGACUGUAAAAGUGAGAAGGCAGCAAAAAGGGAAUACUUAUGAUCGUGCUCAAUGCCGGCGUUGGAACGGCUUGAUUUGGUCACAGUAGUUUUUUUAAUGAUAACAUAUUUGGUGUUAA